GCGCCUCUAGAGAGUCUCCCUUACACCCACUGCACUUCCCCGCUGCCAGGGUUCUCAGCUGAGGUGGUGGGACCCCUUGUCUCACAGACCUCGCGGGCGGGUGGAUAUGACCCCUGAAUUUAGCCGAAGCUCCUAUGAUCCUGGUUUCUGAUGCGCCUUCUCACCCUCCCCAGGGACCCUCUCAAGACAGACUGUCCCCAGCGCUGUCCCACAGCGUCCUAUGUGGCUAACUGUAACACCCCACUGUUUUUCAGGUCCAUCCCGCCUCCCGCCGCCUUGGGACACAAGGUGCUGACCCCGCAGACCUGCCAUGAAACCGCACUUGAAGCAAUGGAGACAAGGCAUGCUCUGCGGGAUAUUUGCGUGGGGGCUCCUCUUCGUGGCGAUUUUCAUCUACUGCACCGACAGCAACCCUGCUGAGCCCGCGCCCAGCUCCUUCUCCUUCCUGGAGACGAGGAGGCUCCUGCCGGUGCAAGGGAGGCAGAGGGCCAUCAUGGGCGCUGUGCAGGAGCCCGCCCUGCCCGAGGGCGCGGACGCACCCAGGCACCUGCCCGGGGUACCCCCGCCCGGCCCCCUGCACGCGGGGCCGGGUGACCUGCAGACAUGGGCCCAAGAUGGGUUGCAAAGUGAAGAAGAGUUCUUUUCACCUCAGACGGGGAGAAAAUCUCAAGGCACUUUGCCCCGGGAGGACGCCGCUGGCCGGCCAGGGGCGCACAGCCGCGCUCCGGGCACGUCUGGGCCUCUGUCCCCCGGAGACCCAGGCCCGCCAGUGGGGGCUGAGCCGGGGCACCAGGCCCCGGGGAGGCGGGCGCAGAGACGGCCCCGGAGGCUGGGAAGGAGCACCGCGCCGGAGGAGGGCGAGGACGGCGACCGGCUGUCCUCGUCCAUGUCCAGCGCCUUCCUGCGCCGGCUCUGGAAGGGCGACGCGUCCCCCCGGAUGCUGCACCCGCGCCUGCAGAAGGCCAUGCGCGCCUACCUGAGCGCCAACAAGCACGGCGUGCGCUUCCGCGGGCGGCGGGCGGCCGGGCGGAGCCGCGCGGAGCUGCUGUGCGCGCUGCGGGGCCGCGUGCGGGUGCGCACCCUGGAUGGCACCGAGCCGCCCUUCUCGGCGCUGGGCUGGCGCGCCUUGGUCCCCGCCGUGCCGCUCGGCCAGCUGCACCCGCGCGGGCUCCGGAGCUGCGCCGUGGUCACGUCGGCCGGCGCCAUCCUCAACUCCUCGCUGGGAGAGGAGAUAGAUUCCCACGACGCAGUUUUGAGAUUUAACUCUGCUCCUACGCGUGGUUAUGAGAAGGAUGUUGGAAAUAAAACCACCGUCCGCAUCAUUAAUUCCCAGAUUCUGACCAACCCCAGCCAUCACUUCAUUGACAGUUCGUUGUAUAAGGACGUCAUCCUCGUGGCCUGGGACCCAGCUCCUUAUUCUGCAAACCUUAACCUGUGGUACCAGAAGCCAGACUACAACCUGUUCACGCCGUACGUGCAGUACCGGCGGAGAAACCCGGAGCAGCCGUUUUACAUUCUCCACCCCAAGUUCAUCUGGCAGCUCUGGGACAUCAUCCAGGAGAACACGGAGGAGAAGAUCCAGCCCAACCCCCCGUCGUCUGGCUUCAUCGGCAUCCUGCUCAUGAUGACGCUCUGCCGCGAGGUGCACGUGUACGAGUACAUCCCAUCGGUGCGGCAGACGGAGCUGUGCCACUACCACGAGCUGUACCGCGACGCGGCCUGCACGCUGGGCGCCUACCACCCUGAAAGUCUCCAGAUGGACUCGAAGAUCGUCUCGGCCAACCCCUGCGCCACUCGGAAGCUUUCCGGCUGUGAUGGAGGGAGUGGAGUUACUGCCAACGCGGCCGGGACGACGAAGUCAACAACCAGGGAGAGGAGACGUUCUCACAAAUCCAAGGGAAAACGCAACGCCAAUCUGACUUUCCGGGACUGCCUGCCGUACCUCGUGCGGCCGCAGGGUGGCAGCACUUCCCCCAUCUUUCCUGGGGAUGCGGGGCACCCGGAGGAACAGAAGGCCCUCUUCUGCGGCUGCAGACAGGCUGACACUGCCGUGCACGGCGGGCGGGAGGGGAGCCGCCUGGACUCCAGACACCACCCAUGA